UCCCAUCUUUUUUGCCCGGCCUCGCUAAGCCGAGAUAGUGAAGAGUUUAGUCGGAACGAGUCCGAGCUAGUCCCAUUAAACUCAGUCCUGGCUUGCACCAAACACGGAUUAAUAUUCUUAGCUAAGCGGAGUCUAGUCCAGUGAGGCUUAGGGAGUGAAAACAAACACGCCCUUAAACUCAGAACCCCAAAACCCUCCGGCGGCCAGGAAAGGGGUUGCUCAGCCGUUGCAGAGAGAUAGAGAUGCUUAGGGGCGGCAAGAGCUACGUGUCAGCACGUCCGGCCUUCUCACCGACGCCAAGCGCCUCCUUGUCUGCACAGGCACCGCCGUCUGCAUCUUUAGCACCUCCGCUGGUUUGCGGGUUUUCCAACUAUAUCGUCCUUGGAGGGUCACAAUGCGUUGGUCACCUCCGUCAUUGGGACUUUGCAGUCCCUGAGUUGAUGAAGACCAUUGAUAUUAAAAUGCCCAUUUUCUCUGUGGUUGUUCCGUCUACAAUGGGCCAACCUGGGAAAGGAACACAAGAAAAUGAUUCUAAUGCAGCUCACGUUUUUGCUUAUUUGUCUGUUGAAAAUACACCAAAGCCAUUGCAUGGACAGAUUCGGAAGUGUAAUUUGACUGAAUCUCGUUUGGCUGGAGGUGCUCUCUCAGAGACUCGAAAACCAGAGGCUAUAACUAUCAGUCCCUCAGGAAAAUUCUUUGGCAUCCGGAACAAGCGGAAGCUUCAUAUAUGGAGAGUCCCUGCUAAAGACUCGAAACUCAUGAUUGCUAAGAAUUUUACACUGCAUCAUACAAGAAACUUUACCGUUCUUGCAUUUCAUCCAACUCAGGCAAUUGUUGCCGCGGGUGAUACAAGUGGGAGAAUUCUAAUCUGGACAGGAUUUCGUAAAGGUAAGUUUUCUGAUGGUGACAAAAGAAUGAAUGAAAGAUCAAUGAAUAAUGAGGAUGAAAGGGAUGGAGUUAGGGGAGAUGACGAUGCUGAUGCUUCCUCCACAUGGCAUUGGCAUGGUACUGGAAUAAGUGUUCUUUCUUUCUCUUCUGACGGUGCCUAUUUAUAUUCAGGUGGAAUGGAAGGAGUUUUUGUGGUCUGGCAGCUAGACACAGGGAAAAAGAAGUUCUUGCGCAGAAUUGGAUCUCCUCUUCUAUAUUUGACUGAUUCUCCAGACCCUUCACUUUCUUCUAUUUCUUGCGCAGAUAAUCAAAUUCAUAUGCUAAAAAUGCCCUACAUGGAAAUCUUGGAAGUCUAUUUCAGGGAUCAAGGGAUGCUAGAAUUUCUUCCCUUGCGUGCCAUCCUACUCGUCGUAUGGUUGCCAGCUCAUCCUAAUAUGGGGAUUUCAAGUGAUGAGAUGCUGCAGAAACAUGAGGUUCUGCAACAUUCUGGUUGGAUGUGUCAUGCCGUAGGUUCAUACAAGAAUGAGCCAAUGACAGCUGCUGCAUUUUCUGGUGAUGGUUUGCAGCCGAAAAUGCAAUCACACUAUGGGAUCCCGACAACAAUGCACUUGUAGCUGUGAUUGGAGAGAGGCAGAAACAUUUGUUAUUUCAUCUGAAUCAUUAUAUUAGUGUGUGGAAAAUGUGGCUUGCCCUUUCUACUUGUAAUCUUUACAAUGGGUUCUAAAUCAUUAUAUCAGACGUCUUUGCUGCUCAUGCAUUUAUGCAUACACACGUACGUAAAUAUAUGCAAGUAUGAUGAGUCAAUAUUAUAUUGUAUAUUUCAUCCUAUUCUUAAUAUAAUUUGAUAAUCAUUCUGGUAGAAUUUUGAUACUUUGUUUUAUAUUUUCAAUAUAGGACAUUCGAUUUCCUCUGGAGCAAAACGUGACCAAACGGACGAAUUUUGGAGUGAUUCAAAUUGGAGGACGUUCGUGUGUUCCUUAGCUUGUACGUGUCAAAAUUUCAGCAAUUUCUAUCGAGCAGUUAUUUUCUGGAGAUUAAAUGAAGGAGCAGUGCGUGUUGCUGGAAAGUGACGUUUCUGGGCUUAAACUGCGUUUUUGGAGCCCAAGAUGACCUCAGAUGGGUUUGUGGUUUUCUGUAGAAGUAUUCAGAAUAGUCGAAGCUUUAAAUCCAGCUAUUUUGAGCCAGUUUUGGAGCUGAUAUGGGUUCAAAAUAAAGAAUUAUUUAUGAGGUUCUUUUAUUAAAUUUUUUAAUUUUUCAGUGGGUUUGUGUGCUAAUUUCCCAAAAUGUUAAUGGUGGCUGAGUUAAUUGACAAUUAAACGUAUUCAUUAUAUCAG